AAGCAAACAUCAUCUGAGAGUGCAAAAGCAACAAUAACCAAACGAAACCAAACCAUGCUAAUAAUUUGGCAACAGAAUGGAUAAAAAGGGCAAAUUAGACAAGAAAAUGACUUAAACAUUAGAGCUGCAAGACUCAAAAGAGAUUACUCAACUUUUGGUUGUCUCUUCGUGUGUCUUUCUUUGUCCUCCACGCCUUUUCUUUUUUCUUCUUCUUCCUUCACUUCUUCUUUUCUUCUCUCUUUCCUCCCUUCCCCCUAUUGCCCACCUCAACCAUUUUUCCUCUUUUCUCAACAUUAGCUCAACCACCUUUUCUUUUUAUUUCUUGUCAAAAUUCAAGAUUCUCUUUUCAUCAUUCACUUAUCUUUGAUAAAAAAACUUAAAAACUUUGUUCGAUAAAAAAUCUCUGUGGGGUUCUUUGUUUUGUUAUAAAUCAACGGCCUGAAGUGGAUUCUUGGAAAAUGAAUAAAGGAACUUGAAGAGUGAAAAGAUACAAACCAAUAUGAGAACUCUCUGUGAUGUUUGUGAAAGUGCUGCUGCUAUACUUUUCUGUGCUGCUGAUGAGGCUGCUCUCUGCCGUUCCUGUGACCAAAAGGUCCAUAUGUGCAACAAGCUUGCAAGUCGACAUGUAAGAGUUGGUCUUGCUGCCCCCAGUAAAAUCCAGCGUUGCGACAUAUGUGAAAAUGCACCUGCUUUUUUUUAUUGUGAGAUCGAUGGAAGUUCCCUUUGUUUGCAAUGUGAUAUGAUUGUCCAUGUUGGAGGUAAAAGAACCCAUGGAAGAUAUCUCCUUAUAAGGCAGAGAAUUGAGUUUCCAGGGGAUAAAUUGGGCCCUUCAAAUGAGCUAGGAUUGCCAUCUACAGAACAAGGUGAUGGAAGAAGGGAGCCUGCACAGCCCUUUAAGCUCCCUAUGAUAGACAAUCACCAACCAAACAGGGAGAUUGCUAUGGCAGGGUUAGAAAAUAACGUGAAUAACAGCGUGAAAAUGGAGAAUGAGUUAAUUGACCUUAAUUCCAGGCCUCAAAGGAUACAUGGUCAAACGUCAAAUAAUCAGGAACAAGGAAUGGACAUGCGUAGUGGCAACAAUCAUGAGUCAGUCGGCGUGGUUCCUGAUGGACCCUUCAAAAGAGAACCAGAGAAGUGAUCGAGAUGUGAGCUGCCGCCAUUCCAAAUUUCAAACUUGAAUUAUGAAUUGGAGUUGCCAUCCCUAGCUGCAUUCUCUGCAACGUCAAAGCUUUAAACGAAGCUUUUGAACUAGCCGGGACCAAGUUGAGGUAUUUCUUGAGUGAAGAGCUCUUUGAAGUUCAUGAUUCAACCACUUCAUGCAUAUACUUCGAGAAGAGGAUCAGAAAGAAAUUCUGCCAUCUCGCUUUGGAGAGAGGAUAAGGCUGCAGUCACCACAUUUGCCUCUGUAAUUUCCUGUAAUGAGUUACAAGAAAAACAAUCUUUACAUAUUCAGGAUGAAUUGAUACUCUAUAUAGGAGUGACAUUCAUUUAGUUUUAGUUUUUAUUCAUCACUUUCCACCAUUUCACUUGUAAUCUCAUCUGGUUUGAAUUUGAUUCUGGAGCAAUUCUGUUGUUAAAUGCUCAUAAAUGUUGGGUCCAA